AUGAGGAUGAUGUUGUCUUACAAGUGUCUUAUCGUGCAAAUCUCUCUGGCAGCAUGGGCCCUAGGCUCUCCAAAUGUUGUUAAGAUGGGCUUGUCACGAAGACAGACUGCUUCGAACAAUGGCUCCUUUAGUGUCGAACUAGGGAACUUUAUACCAGCGGGCUUGUAUUAUGUCAAUGUCUCCAUCGGCACCCCGGCGCAAGUUGUCCAGCUGCAGUUGGAUACCGCUAGCAGUGAUGUCUGGGCUUUUGGGGUACGUUCCUGUGACCCCAACACGUCUUACUGCCUGGGAGGUGCAUACAGCCCAAACGAUUCUCGCACAGCGACUGUAACAGACAAAGGAGGCUUCCAGAUAUCUUUUGAUACCCCGGGUAUAGGAGUGAAAGGUGACUGGGUUAAGGAUGACUUUUCUGUUGGUAACAUGACGAUUAAAGACCUUGAGAUGGGAGUAGCAACAGACGCGGCAGGGUUUAAUACUGGCGUCAUGGGCAUUGGGUUUGCAUCGAGUGAAUCCAACAGCACCAGCUUCGUGGACCAGAUGGUGGAGCAGGGUCUGACGAAGAGUCGUUCAUACAGCCUGUGGCUUGAUGAUCUUAAUUCGAGCACCGGAAGUGUGCUUUUUGGGGGAUACGAUUCUGAUAAAUACCAUGAUGACUUGGUAGCAUUGCCAAUGCAGCCGAACGCGAGUGGGGGUUUCACAGAUUUAGCCGUGACAUGGACCUCCUUCUCGCUCACGAAUUCUAGUGGUGCAGAAAUUGCAAUCUCCGGCCAGGAUUUCAAGGAAUAUGCCAUUCUGGACGCUGGCUUUCCAGGGAUUCUGAUUCCGGAUGAGAUAUAUCAGGAGAUAGCCGAAGCAGCCGGUGUUCUGGACGAUGGGCGUGUCGACUGUCAGUUGAGGUCCGUGAAUGCGACAUUCAACUUCGGCUUUGGAGGUCCUAAAGGGGUGGUUAUCGCUGCUCCUAUAUAUGAGUUCGUUAUCCCUGGGAUUUUCCCCAAUGGCACACAGAUCACAGAUACGAAAGGCAUAGAAGUUUGUUGGUUUGGCAUGGGACCACAAAAGAACAGGCCGCUGCUGCUGGGUGACACCCUGCUACGCUCGGCAUAUGUUGUCUAUAAUCUGGAUGACAAGUGGAUUGCUAUGGCGCCCACCAAUUUCAACAGCACAUCCUCCAACGUCACGGAAAUCGAGCCAAGCAGUAGCCUACCUGCUGGCUGGAGUUCUGCGCCUAAUAUUACCGUGGGCCAGACUGCCACGGGAUCUAUUACUACGGGGACGUCCACCCCAGUCAGUGUAAGCGGAACCCAAACGUCGGGAGCGUCCACUACAGCCAGUGAAAGUGGAACCCAAUCGUCGGGGGCGUCCACCUCAGCCAGUGCAAGCGGAUCCGAAGCGUCGCGGGUAACAACCCUUGCCACUGCGACCAUCACCGGGGGGAGCGGCUUUCUAACGGCUAUGUGA